AUGCUUUCCAAAGCGUCACUCGUGGCCAUCACGGCUCUCCUGGCUGGAACCCAAGCAGCCAACCCGUGCCCUCCCCAAGGCCAAACCCUUCCCUCCACGAACUCCCCUAGCUCAUCGACAAUUGUAAAAGAGACCCUUUUGAAGGUCAAGGAGUCUCUAGUAAACUUCACAUCCGCAGAUGCCCUCAACAGUACUGGUAUCGCCAUCGGUAUCAAGUCCAUUCACGAAGACGCUCCUCUUUUCGAGUUCUAUCACACCCCGGCCAUCGCCGAGGCCAGCAGCACAAAGGAAGUCACAAUUGAUACCGUUUUCCGUGGCGGCAGCAUUACCAAGCUCUUCACCGUGCUCGCCGCCCUUCAAAACUGUAAUAUCAAGGGCAGCGAUCCCGUCACCAAGUACCUACCUCGGCUGAAGAAAGAGGACCUCAAGACCGAGGAUGGUGCCACAUUUAACCUCAUACCCUGGGACCAGAUUACCGUCGAAGACCUAGCAUCUCACGUUUCUGGCAUUGGAGGCGAUAGUAAGUUCCCAUUUUCUCAUACCAAAGCAGCAGAGCUGACAAGACCAGUUGCGACCGAUUUGGCCAUCUUCGAGAAAUUCCCCUGGAAAGCCAUGGGCCUUCCCUCAGUCGCCAACGAUACACGUCCCAAGUGCUCUGGUCUGCAGGGAACGAAAGCCUGCACGACUGACGACCUUCUUGACGCCGUCAACAAGAAGCCCCUUGUGUUCCGCCCGCAUACCAUGCCCGUCUACUCCAACAUCGGUAUCUCCCUGCUCGGUCUCAUCGUCGAGGCCGCCACCAACAAAACCUACAAUAACGUCAUCACGGAGACUAUCCUCAAGCCUCUAGGUCUAAGCAACACCUCCAUUACCGGACCUGACUCGGACGCCUGGGGUUUUAUCCCCAAGAGCGAGCCCACUUGGGGUGGCGAUCUAGGAGUUUUCGCUUCCGCCGGCGGCAUCUACACAAACACGCGCGACAUGCUCACCUUCGGCACGGCAGUCCUCUCCAACAAACUCUCCAUCGACUCCAAGUCAUGGCUCAAGCCGCGCGGUUUCACCAACGCGGCAGGCUACUCCAUCGGCGCCCCCUGGGAAAUCCUCUCCUCCACUACGCUCCUCCCCUACGGCGUACCCAUCCACGUCUACACCAAAACCGGCGACCUGGGCCUCUACUCCAACGUCGUCGUCCUCAUCCCGGACUACGACGUGACCAUCUCCGUCCUCACCGGCGGCCCGGCUUCUAAGCAGUUCUCCUUCCCUACGAGGCUCAUCUCCCCCGUCAUCUCCGCCUUGAUCCCCGCCCUCGAACAGGCGAACAAGGAAGCCGCCGAGGCCGCGUUCGCCGGAACCUACGCCGAUCCCGAGACGAACUCGACAGUCACACUGUCCGUCGACGACGGCCCCGGCCUGUCUCUCACCGACUGGAAGGUCCGCGGCAUCGACGUCCUCCCCAACAUCCCCAACUACAGCGCCUCAGCCGACAUGAAAGCCCACAACGUCUCCGCAAGAAUUUACCCGACAAACAUCAAGUAUGGCGGCAGCUGGUCGUGGCGCGCUGUUUACAAGAACCAUGACAACGAGGAGAUUGUCAACGACGUGUUCUUUCCUCAAGCCGGAUGCCAGACCUGGGGCCUUAUCGACCGCAGUACUUACAACUACCUUGCCUUUGAUGACUUCGUUAUUUCUAUUGGAGAGGAUGGUGCUUCCAAGAGCAUAUCGCCAAGGCCAUUUGGCGUGACUCUGAACAAAGUCAAGGCCUAA